AUGAAGACAGAGUCACCUAACCAAAGUAGCUUUGCAUAUCAAUCUAGGGAAGCUGGACCUCAACUUGAAGUUUCUUGCCAGUCUAGCUCUGCACCCGCAAAUCUGAUUGAUGAUGAUGGUUCAAAAUGGUUUGGAGUUAUGAAAAGACACGAGGAGGAGGCAGAGAGAGUACUUGAAAAACUUGAGAAAGCAAUUGGAGAUAUGCACUCUCAGUCAGCUUCUAUGAGUAGGUCAUCUGGUAAAGCGGUUUCACCUGGUGUGUCAAAACUUAUUCAAGCUUUUGAGCCAAAGGACCAUGAUGACGAGCACCACCCAGAGGAGCUUCAGUCAUUUGAAAAUCAAACAGAUGGAGAUCCAUAUGUGCUAAUUCAAGGGCUAACAAAAACAUUAAGAGCGUUGCUGAAAGAUUUGGUGUUGGAAGCUGGCAACGGCUACCAAUUUCUUGAGGGAGAGAAGAGCUGCAAAACAGCUGCUGUGGUUGCUGCUGAAGAACUCAGGGCCAAAUGCCAGUCUCUGAAUGAACAUAUUGAUCUUUUGGAAGGAGCAAACGUUGAGCUAAUGGUUUUCAAUGAAUCUUUAGGGGGAUGUUUCUGGAAUGCUAAAGAAAAGGAGGGAGAAAUUAGGGUCCUAAAUGAAGCUUUGCGCAAGCAAGAAAUCGCCGCAAAAUCUGAGAACAAUAAGUUAAAGGGGAAUCUUAGCAGCUAUCAGGAAAAACUAUCUAUUUUGCAAAAUCAGCUGGGUGAAAUGCGUGAAAGCUGCAAAGAGAUGGGUUCUGAUAUCUCUAAUCAGGUAGAAGCUCUUUAUAGGGAAGUUGCUGACAGAGGAUCAAUACUUCGAGAAGAAUGGAACUCUACAAUUGAUCAGGUUUUUCAGACACUUCGGAGGCUAGAUUUGUCUGUUGAGACUGUUGGCUCCUCUUUGCCGUCAAGAAUAGACCAUGGUCUAGGGUGCAUAAACUUAAGUAGCCGUACUGCUGCAUCUAUAGAUGCUGCCAUCAAUGUGAUUGAGGCAUUGCAGGAUCAAGUUGAAGCUUCUCGCCAUGAGUCAAUGAGUACCUCCCGUGAAGUCAAUGAGAAGUUAGACUUCUUGCAAGUUGAAAAUGAAAGGUCUGCCAGCCUUAUGCAUAAGAUUUAUAGUAACCUCAAGAAACUUGUGAAUGAAACGCCAGGGCAUCUACAAGAAGCUGAAGUUGACGAUCCUGAGAAAUCAGUAGAUCUUUCUCAUCCUGGUGCUUUUGAUUCCCUACUGGAGCAGUUGCAAAGGUUUCUUGAUGAGAAAGCACAAGUUGAAUUUGUAAAUGGAAAACUGAAGUCUGAGUUGAUGGCCAGGACAAAUGAUUUUGAAGAACUGAGCAAAAGAUCCCUUGAAUCCGAUUCUAUUUUAAAGAUGGUUCAAGUGGUUGAAGGAGUCAUUGCUUUGGAUAGCUUUGAAACCAACGUUAAUGACCCAGUAUCCUGUCUAGAGUCCCUGAUCUCUCUCCUAGUUCAGAAGUGUAAAGAGGCAACUGAACAUGCGAGGUUGUCCAGGAUGGAAUAUGCUUCCAAGGAAGCACAAGUGAUUGAUCUGCAGGGACAAAUGGAUCACUUGAGCUUGUUACUUGUUCAAUGUGAAAAUGAAGUUGUUGUCCUUAGGGAAAGUUUGAAGAGAGCUGAGGAAGAGGUUGUAGCUAUUGGUUCGCAAUAUCAAGAGAAAGUUGCUGAUAUUGAACAGUCUGAGCAACGGGUGUCAGCUCUAAGAGAGAAGCUUGGCAUAGCAGUCACCAAAGGCAAAGGUUUGAUUGUGCAGCGUGACAGUCUUAAACAAUCUCUUGCAGACACAUCCUCUGAACUGCAGAAAUGCUCUGAGGAGUUGCAAUUGAAAGAUGCAAGGCUUCAGGAAGUUGAAAUGAAACUCAAGACCUAUUCGGAGGCAGGUGAGCGCAUGGAAGCUUUGGAAUCUGAACUCUCAUACAUUCGCAACUCUGCUACUGCAUUAAGGGAGUCAUUCCUUCUCAAAGACUCUGUUCUUCAGAGAGUAGAGGAGAUUUUAGAAGAUUUGGAGCUUCCGGAGCAUUUCCAUUCAAAGGAUAUCAUUGAAAAAGUUGAUUGGUUGGCAAAGUCAGUUGCUGGGAACUCUUUGCAUCUGGCUGAAUGGGAUCAGAAGAGCUCUAUUGGAGGAUCAUACUCUGAUGCUGGAUAUGCACUCACUGAUGGAUGGAAAGAGGCGGCACAGUCAAACUUGGGAUCUUCCGAAGACCUUAGAAGAAGAUUUGAGGAGCUCCAGGGCAAGUUUUAUGGGUUGGCAGAACAAAAUGAGAUGCUUGAACAAUCCUUGAUGGAAAGAAACAACCUUGUUCAGAAGUGGGAAGAGAUCUUGGACGGGAUAGAUAUGCCUUCACACUUGAGAUCUAUGGAGCCAGAAGAUCGGAUUGGUUGGUUAAUGCUUGCGUUUUCAGAAACUCAAAACCAGUACAACUCUCUCCAACAAAAGUAUGAUAAUUUUGAAUCAUUAUUUGCAUCAGCAAGCGCUGAACUGGAAGAGUCACGCAGAAAAAUAUCUGAGCUUGAGAGUGCAUAUCAAUUGGUUGUCAGUGAGAAAGAGUUGCUUUUGAAGAAUUUGGAGUCUCUUAACUUUGAUUAUGAGGAAAUGUCAAGGAAAACUGCCCAAUCUGACAUAACUAAUGAUGAUUUGCGGAGCAGAGUAGGUGACUUGCAGAAGAAACUGAACGAAAUGCUUGGAGCAGAGGAGCGUAUUCAUCAUCUUGAAGGUGAAAUAAGAAGAUUAGGAGAUAUGGUCAAAGAUGUCCUUCCGAAUUCUGAGACAGAUGAUGCGUUAUUUAGCUCUGGUAGCACUGAAGCUUUGGAACAGUUACUUAGGAAGCUUAUAGAGAAGUAUACCGCUCUUUCUUUACCUUCUGAGUCCGAGUCAACACAUGAGCAUGUUGAUAAAGGGGCUGAUCUCUCUCAUGAAGAAAAGAGAGAAAGUAAUGUCAGGUGUGCUGAAGAUGCAGAUGGAGGUGCUCUCAGCAGAAAAUUGGAGGAUGCUCUCAGCGACUUGUUGUCCUUGAAGGAGGAGAGGGAGAAUAUUGUGUUGACUAAUCAAUCAUUGGUUCGUGAACUUGAAGAAUUAGGUAUCAAAAAUAAAGAAAUGCAAGAUCUACUCAGUCAGGAGGAACAGAAGUCAUCUUCUUUAAGAGAAAAAUUGAAUGUUGCAGUUAGGAAAGGCAAGUCCUUGGUGCAACAUCGGGACAGCUUGAAGCAAUUAAUUGAAGAGUUGAAUGGUGAAGUGGAGCGCUUAAAAUCCGAGAUCAAGUUGCAGGAAAAUGCUAUUUCAGACUAUGAACAAAAGAAAAAAGAUUUAUCUGUAUUCCAGGAGAGGAUAAAGACCGUAGAAUCUGAGAGCUCAAUCCUGAGAGAUCAAUUGGCAGAAAAAGACUGUACCUUGAGCAUGAUUUUGAGUGCUCUGGAUGAUGUUAAUGUUGGGUCUAACAUUGGUAAUCCUGUCGAGAAGCUAAAAACUGUUGGGCAAUUAUGCCAUGAUUUGCAGUCAGCUCUUACUUCUUCCGAACAUGAAGCAAAAAAAUCUAAAAGAGCAGCUGAGCUACUUCUUGCAGAGUUAAAUGAGGUGCAAGAAAGAAAUGAUGGGCUACAAGAGGAGCUAACAAAGUCUCAGAGUGAACUCUUUGAACUGUCCAAGCAAAAAGAAUCUGCUGAAGUUGCCAAACAUGAGGCUCUUGCACAUUUAGAAAAGCUAUCUUUUGCUCACUCAGAAGAAAGAAAGAACCAAUUAGCUGAAAUCACGAUGCUAAAAUCUGGUGUGGAUCGGCUAAGGGAGGAUCUAUUUGUAUUUGACCGUUUGCUCAAUGAUGUUCUAUCCAUGGAUUUGGAGACUAUGCGCAAUCUCGGUUCUAGUAUGAAAGUAUGCCUAGAACCAACUGAUCAAAAUCACUUUUCUCUACAUGUGACUGAUGCUUCAAGUGGCCUUAACUUUGCAGAAGCGGAAAACAAGGUUUUCAAUAAAGAAAUUGGUUCUAUCAACGUAAAGUUAAACAGGCAUUCCCAUUUAUUGCAUGAAGAAACUGCCCAUAUAUCUGAGAUAUUAAGAACCAUACAUGAAGAAAUAUCCUACCAUAAGCAGCACUCAAAUUCGUUGAAGACAGACGUGAUGCGGUUAGAAUCUAUUCAAAAGGAGAAAGAUGCAGAAUUGUUUACUGUGCAAAGAUACAAUGCUAUGCUUUAUGAAGCUUGUACCACUUUGGUCAUGGAAAUUGAAAGCAGAAAAUCCGAAUUGGCUGGAAACAGCUUAGCUACUGGAGCUUCCAGAAUCAAUUCAGUGUAUCGAAGUUUAGCUGAAGGAAAUGAUUUAGCUGAGAAGACUGACCAGUUUUCUGAGGAAGGUAUUAGGUCAGUAAUAGAGAAAUUAUUCAUGGCUGUGAAAGAUAUUAUGAGUCUGCAAAGUGAUAUUGCUGAAGUUGGCCAAAAGGAUAUGAGAGCUGCUAUAUCAAAUCUUCAGAAAGAACUUCAGGAGAAGGAUAUACAGAGAGAAAAAAUUUGUGCAGAACUUGUUAGUCAGAUUAAGGAAGCUGAAUCUGUUUCAAAGAGUUAUUCACAAGAGCUUCAAAUAGCAAAAUCUCAGAUGAAUGAUUUACACAGGAAGGUGGACCUGAUGGAGGAGGAGCGAGAUUCUCUGGCACACAGGAUAAAAGAACUGCAAGAUCAGGAGUCCAGCUUUGCUGACUUACAGUUAAGAGUUAAAGCACUUGAAGACAUGCUAGCUGCAAAGGAACAAGAAAAUGAGGCACUGAUGCAAGCACUCGAUGAGGAGGAGGCCCAAAUGGAAGACAUGACAAACAAGAUUGAAGAAAUGGAGAGAGUCCUACUUCAAAAAAAUAAAGAUAUGGAGAACCUUGAAGUUUCCCGCGGGAAGAUUAUGAAGAAGCUUUCUGUUACAGUAAGCAAAUUUGAUGAACUUCAUCAACUAUCUGAAAGCCUUUUGUCUGAGGUUGAGAAUCUUCAGUCACAAUUACAAGAGCGAGAUACAGAGAUUUCUUUCUUGAGGCAAGAAGUUACAAGAUGCACUAAUGAUGCAAUAGCUUCUGCUCAGAUGGGUAGCAAAAGAAAUACUGAUGAAAUCCGUGACUUUUUGUCAUGGGUUGACAAAAUGAUUUCCCGAGUCCAGACGCAUGAUAUGAAUUAUGAUGAUGCAAAAAUUAGCCAGAUCCAUGAAUAUAAGGAAAUGUUAGAGAAGCAGGUCGUGUCUGUGGUAUCUGAGCUGGAGGAUCUGCGUGCACUGGCACAGACGAGAGAUUUAAUGUUGAAAGUUGAGAAAGAUAAAGUAGAACAGCUGGUUAGGAAAGAAGAAUUUCUUGAGAACUCUUUGCGUGACAAGGAAUCUCAAUUAACCAUGCUUCGAGGGGCCAGUGACAUGGGGCAACUAGUAAAUUCUACGUCGGAAAUUAUAGAGAUAGAGCCAGUGGCCAACAAAAGGGUAAUGCCUGGAACUGUUGCAUCUCAAGUUCGCAGUUUGCGCAAAACUAAUAAUGACCAAGUAGCUGUUGCUAUAGAUGUGGAUCCUGAGAGUGGGAAACUAGAAGAUGAAGAUGAUGAUAAGGCUCAUGGUUUCAAGUCGCUAACGACAUCAAGGAUUGUCCCACGGUUUACAAGACCCAUAACUGACAUGAUAGAUGGUCUAUGGGUAUCUUGUGAUCGGACAUUAAUGCGGCAGCCUGUUCUACGGCUUAGUGUGAUCAUCUAUUGGUUUGUGUUGCAUGCUCUUCUUGCGACAUUUGCAGUAUGAGAAGAAUCGGCCCGUUGUCUGAUUUUCUCACUGUGAUUAGUUGUGGAGUCACGGGCAAGAUAGUGCACUGAUGUCUUCACAAUUUUCUGUAAAUCAUCCAAGUUAGUUUGGCUAGAUUUUGGCUGAUAAUUCAUUAUUUUGCUCAACCAGGAAUUUGUGAUUUGUUAUGUUUUUUUGUGAAUCACGUUCUUGGUUGUAUUCAUAUAGGCAAUCCAUAGCAGUGUAUCCAAAUAUGAGAUUUCAUAGCAGUAGGGGCACAUGGAUGGAAAAAUUAGAUUAGUGACAUCACAAUCAAAGAUGUGUAACCCAUUUGUUAACAGUUUUUCUUAAUAAGAAAUGUGUAGGUUGCUUCUCGUACUACAGCAUUGUUUUUUGUCCUUUAGGUUUUAGGUUUGGGUGCAGCCACAUACAGGAGAAAUUGAGCACAAAAAUGUUGGAAUUGACCUCUGUUAACAUGAGUUCGAUUUUGGUGGGGAUUAUAUUAUGAUGAAAUGGGAAAUUAUGUGAAGUGUA